GCUGGCUGAGUGCGCAUGUGCAGAUCAGAGUAGCGACAGCAGCAUAUCAGAAAGUGAUCAGAGCUGCUCAUCAUGCGUCAGAACAAGAAAAAUGCCAUUCCUGACAGGUGGUCUGAUUAUAAAUCGGUGGGUAAACGGAUCCCGGGGACUCGAUUCAUCGCUUUUAAAGUUCCACUAAAGCAGUCUCUGCUGGGGCGUCUGAGUGAGUCGGAGAUGUUCGGAGCCGCUGAUCUGAUGGACGUGUUGAAGAAAGAGAGUGAAGAACUCGGUCUGAUCAUCGACCUCACCUUCACCACACGCUACUACCAACCACAGGAUUUGCCGGACACUCUGCACUAUCUGAAGAUUUUUACAGCAGGACACGAGGUACCGAGUGAUUCCACCAUCCUGAACUUCAAACGAGCCGUCAGGAGAUUCCUCAGAGAGAACCAGAACAACGAUAAACUGAUCGGGGUUCACUGUACCCACGGACUCAACCGAACCGGCUACCUCGUCUGCAGGUAUCUGAUUGAUGUAGAUGGUGUUGAACCACAGAAUGCCAUCGACUUGUUUAAUACGUCACGAGGUCACGACAUCGAGAGACAGAACUACAUACAAGAUCUCACAACAGGACCGAAGCGCAGUAAUGAUGGCAUGGAGGAUUCGGAGGAGGAGCCGAUCAGAGGCGGAGCCACAAACGGGGAUAAUCACCGUGAUUCUUUUCGAGCCGAGCGGCCCCGCCCUGAUUUUGGGAUGAGAGGAGCUCCUCAGGAUGGGUUUUUCCAUCAUUGGGGAGGGGAUUACCCAGCAGGACCACGCCCACCUCCCUUGUCUCCUUAUAUGGCCCCUCCCUCUUUCAUGGGUCCGCCUCCUUUAUUACCUACACCUCCUUUAUUACCUACACCUCCUUUAUUACCUACACUUCCUUUAUUACCUACACCUCUGAACCAGGGGGCGUGGCCUGGAUACAGUGCUGGACAUUACCCCGCCCCUCCUAUGAACCCCGCCUUCAUGCCACCGUACCAGUUCAGAGAAGCACCGCGGCACACCUGGAGGAGGAAACGCCACCGCCGGGAUCACACACACACCUCACCGUACACACACUGAACACACACACACACACACACACACACACACUACACCAUACACACACCUCACCGUAUACACACUCAACACAGUACACACACUAAAUACACUCACACACACGCACACAGUAUUUACACACACAUCCCACAACUAGAGAACGUGUGUGUGUGUGGUGUGUGUGUGGUGUGUGUGUGGUGUGUGACUGUAGCGUCUCUCUGAAGCUUUUAUCAGUUAUUUUAUUUAGUUUUUAUUUGAAAUAAAAUCCCUGUGUUCAGGAA